AUGGGGGAUACAGAACGACAGCCACUGCUCGACGCAGCGUCCAUCCAAUAUGAUUAUGAUACCCUUCAGGGUUCAUAUCUCCAUCAUCUCGAUGUAGACCUCAGCGACAGCGACACCCUACCAGGCACUGUUCCAGAAGGGAAAUCCCUGACCUGGUCCAGUGCCUAUAUUCUCGUUGUCUCGCGUGUCAUCGGUAGCGGUGUUUUUGCAACUCCAGGCUCCAUUGUCAAGUCCGUCGGCAGUGUAGGACUGGCAUUGCUGGUCUGGAUCGUGGGUACCGUUCUAGCCGCCUGUGGACUGGCCGUGUCGAUGGAGUACGGAUGCAUGCUGCCUCGAUCUGGUGGCGACAAGGUGUAUCUGGAAUAUACCUAUCCUCGUCCCCGAUUCCUCGCCUCCACCCUGAUUGCCGUGCAGGCUGUCGUAUUAGGGUUUACGGCGAGCAACUGCAUCAUUUUCGCUAAAUACACGCUGUUUGCCUUCGAUGUUGAACCCACAGAAGUGCAGCACAAGAUUUUGGCGGUCGGUCUGCUCACGGUUAUUACCUUCGUACAUGGAUGUUUCCCAAAGACAGGCAUCUGGGUGCAGAAUCUGCUGGGAUGGAUCAAGAUCUUCCUGAUCGCGGCCAUGUCGCUGACAGGCCUCUGGGUGAUUCUUUUCCGGCCAUCCAGUAACUCUCUUGGAGUGUCACCAGAAAUUCCCACCAGUCCACUAGCAUGGGAUGGGCUGUGGGAGGGAUCCAACUGGAGCUGGAGUCUGCUAUCGACCUCGCUGUUCAAGGUGCUUUAUUCAUACGCAGGGCUCAACAACGUCAACAAUGUCCUCACCGAGGUGCAUGACCCCGUGCGGACGCUGAAAUCCGUCGGUCCAGCCGCGCUAUUCACAGCGGGGGGUCUUUACCUGCUGGCCAAUGUCUCAUAUUUCCUGGUCGUGCCGCUGGACGAGAUCAAAAGUAGUGGUGAACUGGUAGCUGCGCUGCUGUUCCAGCGACUUUUCGGUGAUCAUGUCGGACGCACGCUCCUUCCUCUUGCGAUUGCCAUCUCAGCGGCGGGCAACGUCAUGGUGGUGACUUUUGCGCUGGCUCGAGUGAAUCAAGAAAUCGCCCGUCAAGGCUUUCUUCCUUGGUCUCGUGUUCUCUCCUCGGCCAGGCCCUUCCAUACGCCUCUUGGAGGACUGAUUGUCCACUACGUGCCCUCAUUGCUGGUAAUCGCCGUCCCACCCCAAGGCGACGUGUACAACUUUAUCCUCGACGUAGAGGGGUAUCCCGGACAGAUCUUUGCCCUGGCAGUAACGGCCGGUUUGCUUCUGGUGCGAUAUCGCGAGCCCUUACGACAUCGCCCAUUCAAAGCCUGGCUUCCUGCAGUGUGGUUGCGCAUCGUGGUCUGUCUGGCCUUGCUGGUGGCUCCGUUUAUUCCGCCGCCAGAUCGGAAGGGCGAUGUGCAUUUCUUUUAUGCUACGUAUGCAAUCGUCGGUGCUUCUGUGUAA